UCACCACCGACCAGCACUAACGACCACAGCGAAACGAAAUGGCGGCCACACAAGAGGACACGAAGCCCACCACCAAGAAGUUCUCCAAGGGGGAGAGGUCGAUACCGCACCACAGCCAGAAGGCCAGCAAGUACUACCCUGCUGAGGACGUUGCCGUCCCCAAGAAGGCCCGCAAGACUGUCCGCCCUGCAAAGGUUCGCCAGUCUCUCCAGCCCGGUACCGUCGUCAUCCUCCUUGCUGGUCGCUUCCGCGGCAAGCGCGUCGUUGUCCUCAAGCACCUUGCCCAGGGUGUUCUCCUUGUUACCGGUCCCUUCAAAGUUAACGGUGUUCCCCUCCGCCGAGUAAACGCCCGCUAUGUCAUCGCCACCUCCACCAAGGUCGACCUUGCAGGCGUAGACGAGAAGGUCAUCGAGAAGGCCAGCCAAGACGGCUACUUCACCAAGGACAAGGCCCCCCACAAGCCUGGCGAGGACGCUUUCUUCAAGCAGGGCGAGAAGCCCGAGAAGAAGGAGACCUCCAAGGACCGUGUCGAGGACCAGAAGGCCAUCGACAAGGCCCUCCUGGCCACCAUCAAGAAGGAAGCCCACCUCGCGGACUACCUCGGUGCCAGCUUCAGCCUCCGCAGCUCAGACAGGCCUCACGCGAUGGUCUUCUAAGCGACGGAUAACGAUCGGGCAUUCGGCGUUCAGUGCAUGGGAUGAAAGAUGACUUCGGCAUACUGCAGCCGUACUAGCGAGGAUCAAGAACCGCAGCGGCAGGGCAGCCAAUUUUUUUCAUGGAGGAUACCGCCAAGGCAUUUACCAUAAGACUUUAUAACGAGCAAGCGAAUCUGAGACGGUCCAGAAGUGAACAUUUGGUCUCCGCUUGCGUGAUGUCAUAGUUGGGCGUUCAAUGGGCGCGGUACAUACAGGGCGGUAAUCGAGUACUGAUGCAUGAAAUAGAGUUACAGACACAUUGACAUUGUUCGACCGAUGA